AUGGCUUCUGUUAUGGCAUGGGGCGCCGGCGCUGCCGUCGCUGCCUUUUUGGGUCGCGCCGGACUGGUCGCAUACAGACGUUCGCGCGGUGGCGUGGGCGCCAUGGGCAAGGCUUUUUACAAGGGUGGUUUCGAGCCCAAGAUGACCAGGAAGGAGGCUUCCCUCAUUCUUUCUCUAAGCGAACGCACCUUGACCAAGGACAAGGUUCGCAAAGCCCACCGAACGAACAUGCUCCUCAACCAUCCCGAUCGAGGCGGCAGCCCAUACCUGGCGACAAAGAUCAACGAGGCGAAAGAAUUGCUCGACAAGCAAGUCUCGUAA